AUGGGUGGCGUGCAUUUCAUCGCGAAAUGCUGCUAUGAUACGAGCUACAACUCGCGGGCCCAGUCGGGCAACAAGACUGUGAUCCUGGCACACGGGAUUGCCGCCUGUUCCCUGCAGAAUCGGAUCAAGCCCGGCACUGAUGCAGGGUGUUAUUUGCCGUGUUGCAGAAGCGAGGGUUGGAACACCGCCUGGGCAUCGAUCGAGGCCGUGGUGACCUCCCCCGAGCUUCUCCGAAAUACCUUAGAACUGGAACAGAUACCUGGCAAGCUCAAAAGUGGCCGUGAGGUAUUCGUCACCAAGGAGCAGGAUGGGGUUGAGGUUCGGCCAUAUCCUGGCCUAGAUGGAGUUGCUGCUAUCAACCCAGCCGAGGAAGUCAUGAUUCCUGUUUUGUAUGAGUUGAUCGAGAAGCUGGUGGACCGCUUUCGUCUCCAGUCUGCAAGUUAUGACUGGCGACGAUGGGGAGACUUGAGCUUCAUGGAGUGCUACGCGGAGUCUUUGGCAAAGCAGGUAGAAGAAGAGUUUGUGCUUACGCAGCAGCCUGUUACGUUGAUUGGUCACUCGAUGGGCUGUUCCGUGCUUCUUUACGUACUGUCUACCAUGGGCGGUGCGUGGCAGCGGAAGUACCUGGACAAGGUAAUUUUUAUCACUCCGGUCAUCAUGGGCUGUCCGAAAGGAUGUUCAGCAUACGCACAUAAUCCUAUCGGCAUCAUUUCAGGUUUGGGCACUCUCCCCGAAGGAGUGGAAAAUUUCUGGAAGAAGGCCACCAUCUCCUCACCUGCCAUGGGCUGCCUACUUCCCCUAACCGUCGGAGACACAGAAGCUUUCGAUCCCAAUCACAAGAUCGUCGUGACGCCAGAGCGCAGUUACACGGCCAAAGAGAUCAAAGAGUUCGUCGGAGACCUGGAGAAAGCUUUGGGAAAAGACGCUGCACGCUUCGACUUCUUCCCCUAUGCCCAGGAGGUCUGGUCGAGUCUCGAGCCUCCGGCCGUCCCUUCACAUUUUCUCUAUGGUAGAAACAUGGACACCGUGAACCAGCUCACCUUCGAAACUGCAGACUUUCAGGACAUCCCAAAAAUCACCCAGUAUGUGCCAGGCGAUGGAACAGUCACUGCGGCCAGCGCUGAGAGGCUACAGGCGGGAUGGGUUGAGAAGGGUGCUUCUGUCUUCCUUCAUGGUGCCCCUCCGGGCUGCCACGACGAACACCUGACCAUCGUGUCCUCUCCGUGGCUUCUGGACCUGGUGUCAGAGCUUCUGGAAGCUUGA